AUGAGCCCAACACAACUCAAUAUUACAUGUAUAUGGGGUGGUACUUUGACGGGAAUUUUACUCAAAAAUGAUGUAGUAACAACUGGCAGUCCUAGUCAAAAAACAACAAAAAUUAUUGGUAUUCAUGGUUGGCUCGAUAAUCUUAAUUCAUUAUUACCAGUUGCAGAAAAACUAAUAAAUCAUCACCCAAAUUAUGAAAUUUAUUUAUAUGAUCGUGCUGGUCACGGAUUUUCCAGUCAUAUUCCUAAAGGUUUUGAUUAUUCGAUUGCACAUAAUCUUCAAGAUCUUCGUACUGUUAUUCAAAGUCUUCGUUGGGAUAAAGAAAAAUUUUCUAUUAUUGGUCAUAGUUAUGGAGCAAUACUUGGAAUGACUUAUGCAGCAAAUUAUCCAGAAGAAGUUCUAUGUCUUAUUUGUCUCGAUUCUCUACCUCGAACAGAAACAUUAAUGGAGGAUUAUUUUAAAAUUCAAGCUUCUAGGAUUGAUGCUAGCUUAAGAUACCAUAAAAGGCCACCUAGAUCUCAUGAUCCUCAUUUAACAUCUGAGACAGUACUUGAAUUAACAAAAAUUACACGACCUGGCAUUACUGAUGAAGCUGCUAAAUUGUUAAUUGAACGUUCUAUUCGUCGAAAUGCAGAUGGUAAAAUACAUUUUACUCGUGAUGAAUCAUUGAAUGUAUUUUCACUUGUACCCAUCAGUGAUGAUAUAGCUCGAUGUAUACUUCAAACUACAAAAGCACCUGUUCUUUUUAUUGGUGCCACAAAACCUCAAUGGCCAAGAAAUGAAAAAUUAUUUGAUUUUAUCAAAGAACAUAAUCCCAAUUUUGAAAAAGUAUUAAUUAAUGGACCACACCAUUUACAUAUGACACAUGUUGAUGAAGUCGUUAAUCAUAUCGAACAAUAUUUUAACAAACAUCUUCAAUAA